GUCUACUUUUUGGCUCAAAAAGGUCUGGCCAAACGGUUUCACAAGCUAUUCUACGUCAUUGACAAAUAGCUAUGCCGCGGUGACCGGAGAAGAGAACGUGAAAUGGUUUUCGCCUGCAGAUGAGACUGGGGAAGGGAUAACAGCAUUACGAGUUGCAUCAACAUGGGAGAGCCUGCCACCGUGCCAUCAUCAUGGUAGACCCGUCAAGAUCACAGGCCUCGUCUUUCCGGUCGCAGAGCCCUCACCGUGGGCUGAUGUCGCCCAAUUCGACCUCUUCGCAAUCAUGUAGCGGAUCACUCUUCAGCAGUCUAACCGACAUCAACUCUCUGCUGGAGUUCCUCAGCGACGAUGACCGACCUACCUUCCUGAUCGAGGUCCUAUCUUCGAAUGUUGCCGUCCCUCAUAUACCUCGUGUCGUGUUUCAGAAUGCAGCUUUCACCUCUUUCCUCGAACGAACCGUCACCAGGGACUCAUAUGAUGAUUGGCUUCGAUCUCUAUCCACAAGUGUCGCCAUACCUAGUAACCGACCCGUGAAAUCCUUCGGUGGAAGAGCUUGGUCAAGCAAACGUUUUCGCAAUGCCUGGAGGGUCAUUUAUUGCAGCCAGUGGGAGGACGACAGACGACUGGGUAGCGUGGCCGAGGCACGCACCGAGACACAUACCCCAAGCGACGACACACACAUGACAGGCCUAUCAUCAGAGCAUGAUGCUCCACAUGAGCAUGAGCAUUCACCCUGGCAUGACGCGCAGCAGAAGAUUAUUGACUGGACCCGAUUUCCACAGAGAGUACGACAAUCGACAUGGAUAGACUUCAUCAAGACGUACCCCUUCGAAAACACAUACCUCGGGCCCAUAUCGCGAUGGUCAGACGACUUGCGACGACUGGCUGUGCAGAUCAUGUCCUCUCCAGCCCCAAGAAUGGUCUACUGGGGUUCGGAGCAGGCCAUUCUUUACAAUGAGGCAGCUGCAUCAUUACUAGGAUCCAAACACCCCAGCUUCGCCUUGGGAAACCGCUUCGUCGACGUUUGGGGCCCCGAGAUACACGACAAACACAUGAAGAUGAUAAGAGCAGCCCUUGACCGAGGACAAGUGGCUGAAGCCAAAGAGAUGGAAGCAGUACUAGAGCGUAACGGUUUCAUUGAAGAGACAUACUGGGAUGUCGUUCUGCAGCCCUGCAGUGGACCGGACGGUCGGAUGGUGGCUGUCUUGAAUACGUACCAAGAAUGCACGUCUUCUGUUUUCCAGAACCAACGGCGCAAGCUCAUCGAUAAGGUUCAAGCCAUUAUACCCACUGUCGACAACUUUCCCGACUUGUGGACGUCAGUAGCAUCGGAGUUGCGAAACAACCUCCACGAUGCAGCAUACUCCCUGAUAUAUACAGCAGUCAACGAGCCCAGCGAAGCACAUGCCAUAAAUCGAGUUGAUACUUUCCAACUCGAAUUACAGAUUACGUCAGGAGUGUCAUCACAAGGGUUCGAACCAGUCGUCCAUCCUGGCGACCGAUUCCUCAGGCCUUCACUUGGACCCGCCUUCGCCGAAGCCCGCAGAACCCAACAGGUCGUUGUAUUGCAAGAGAAGCAAGAAAACCUUCCACCUGAGCUGGCUUUACUCAUACCGGAUCGCGGCUUCGUGACGACCGCUUGUAUUUUACCAAUAACAAGCGUAUCCGGACAGCAGAUCGCCUUCAUUGUUCUGGGUAUGAACCCAAGAAGAUUGUUCAACGAUGAGUCUCGUGUCUUUAUCAGCCACAUGUGCGACUUGAUAUCCAAAGCCGCUGCUCUGAUUGCUCUUCCCGAAGAACAAAGACGCGACCAAGAGAAAUUUGAACAAAUAAACCUUGCGCUUUCUCAGCAGCUACAGAUUAUUGCGUUGAAAGCCGAGAAAAAUGAGGAGACAUUUACUCGUAUGGCACAGAAUGCGCCUUUCGGAAUGUAUAUGUUUGAUUGUGAUGGCAACCCAAAGUAUGUCAACGACGCUUAUCUUCGAUUGAUUGGUCUUGAACGUGAAGUGUUCGAACAAGCUGCAUCUCGUGGACUUGCAUGGCAAGAUACUAUCUACGAAGAGGAUAUCGACCUGGCAACAGAUAUAUGGGCUCGAAUCAGGGAUUCUAAGACACCAUUUACUUCCGAGUACCGAGUCAAGGUUGCUCCAACAAAGCCUGGUGAGAAACCUGGCGUGCGAGCACUCGAGACAAUCUCAUUCCCAGAGGUCGAUGAAAGUGGCCGUGUUGUCACAGUGCAAGGUUGGCUUAUAGACGUUUCUCCUCGCAAGCGCCUGGAAACCCUCAUGGCGCAACGUCUAGAAGAUGCCCUAGAAACUCGAAGAGCAUCGGAGAACUUCAUCGACAUGGUGUCGCAUGAGAUGCGUAACCCGUUGUCAGCCAUUCUACAGCUUGCGGAUGGUAUCCUCGGCUCUCUCGAAACCACAACCACACAAAACGCCGUAACUUUGCCAGCCGACACUAUAAACAUGAUGGUCGACGCAGCCGAGACGAUUACACUUUGUGCUCAACAUCAGAAAUGCAUUGUCGAUGAUAUCUUGACUUUGUCCAAACUGGACUCAUCCUUACUUGUCAUCACUCCCGAUCGAGUUCAUCCGCCAACACUCAUCGAGAAGUCCCUCAAAAUGUACGAUGCUGAGCUUGCCAGAGCAGACAUCAAGGCGAAUCUGGUAAUCGAGCAGAGCUAUCUUGAUGCACGACUCAACUACGUCAUGCUUGAUCCCAGCAGAGUACUCCAAGUGAUAAUCAACCUCCUGACAAACGGAAUAAAAUUCACUCGAGAUUGUCCAACGAGGAAGAUCUCGGUGUUUUUGUCAGCAUUUGAGAAACCACCACAAGGAGGCGACCGUCGUGUAACGUUUAUCGAACCUCGCCCACGACAAUCAAGUCUAUCCACGUCGCCGGAAUGGGGCGCUGGUGGUGAAGUCUACAUUCAGUUUGCGGUGCAAGAUACAGGAAAAGGACUCACCGAAGACGAGAUGAAACUUCUAUGGCAACGCUUCAGCCAAGCGAACCCGAAAACUUACAAACAGUACGGCGGAAGCGGACUCGGCUUGUUCAUCUCGCGCGAAUUGACCGAACUUCAAGGGGGGCAGAUUGGUGUACACAGCGAAGCCGGUGUUGGAAGCAUCUUCAUGUUCUACAUCAAAGCCAGACGCUGUGUCGAAGAGCCAAAGCCACGACAGAUUAGCUUCUCCGCCCCUACCGUCACCAGUCCGGUCAUUCUCCCACAUACAUCAUCCGAGGCAAGGCGAGCCAAUGUCAGUGAGGGCUCACUCGAGACUUUGCCAUCGCCAAUUACAGACAUCCCUCCCAAUCGGAUCCACAUCCUCAUAGUAGAGGACAAUGCGAUCAACCAACGCGUGAUGGCACAACAGCUCAAGAAGCUAGGAUGCGUAGUCCAUACAGCAGAUCACGGUCAAGAUUGCCUUGACUUUUUGCAAACAACAACCUUCACCCCUGGAUCUCAGAAUGUGCCACUUUCCAUAGUUCUCAUGGAUUUGGAGAUGCCCGUAAUGGAUGGCUUGACAUGUGUGCGCAGAAUCAGAGAAUACGAACAGGCAGGCCAGAUUGUUGGCCAUGUGCCCGUCAUCGCCAUCACCGCCAAUGCUCGAAGCGAGCAGAUUAAUAUCGCGAUGGAUGCAGGAAUGGAUACCGUGGUGACGAAACCAUUCAGGAUACCGGAUUUGAUACCCAGGAUGCAGUCGCUAUUGGCCGAGUACGCGGGUGCUUGAAAUUGAGCACUGAUCAUACCUAACGUCCUCUUCAAUAUCAGUUGAUCCGCCGACUCGAGGGUUCGGCUCCCAAGUUCCUUGAUCUUCAGGAAGCCACGUUCAAGGAGUUGAGGUUUCGCCUCUUGAAAUUAUACGAUUUACUCCCAAUGCAAGGACAUGAAUAUAAACGGUUGGCAUGGGUCAAACCCCGAACGCAGUCAGUUGGCCAUAUGACAGAGUAGAACGGACAAAACACUAUAGAGGCUUCAAUACCAAUUCUCGAAAAGACCUUCUCUGCUCGGUGAUGUGCUGGAACAAAAAGAAAGCCUUCAUGGCAGAAUGAGAAGGAGGCACAAGAUACUAAUAACUAGUCCGCCGA